AUAUGAGUUCCAGCAUGAAUCUACAUCAUCAUAAUAAUAUGGAGUCAUCUACAGAUGGGAAUGGAAAUGAGAGCAAUACCGACGAUAUUUGUGCACAAAAAUCAACAGCAACCUACCAAAUAUUCUGGAUUAUAAUAAUCGUAAUUAUUCUUCUUUGCAAUACCUUCAUCCUUGCUGCAAUGGCAAAAGGCUGGGGAGUUUUGCGUCAAAACGUCGUUCAUCGCUAUCUUAUAAGUUGUCUUUUAUCGGUCAUGUCUUUUUGUCUGGUAUCUGCAUAUGAAAUGCUUCACACUCUUUACGGCGUAGAUGAAUAUACUUUAGGAGAGAGCGUCCUAAGAAGAUAUGAUGACAGCAAUCCGAUUCAUCGUUCAGUUAUGCAAGGAUACGCCUACAGAAAAGGACUUUUGCCAGUACUGGCAAUUGUCAUGCAGUUUAACAUAGCUGUACUAAUAUACGGAGUUAGUGACAACACGUAUUUUGUUGGACGUUUCACCAAUCCUGAAGUACUCUCUCGUGAUCACAUUAAUACAAGAAUGAAAAAUAAUCGUGAAAUAGCGUUUUUAUUGGAUUCGAAGAAAUGGAGGAAACAUAAGCCAGUUCUCAUGUGUGUUUUUUCUUGGGUCGCCCCUCUUGGAAUCAGUAUCCCUGUAGCUUUUGGUUGGAGCUGCGUUGAACAUUGCGCGUGCUUGCCGACCUAUCGAUGGAGAUCAACUUGUAUUCCAAGUGACGGAAACAGUGGAAAUAUGUGCUCAAGAACUUGGCUCCCAAUAUCUCGAAGUUAUGUUUUUGUGAUUACAACUUUAUAUUUUACAUCCAUGGCAAUGAUAUUUUGGUUGUUGAUUGCAACUGUACGAAAAUUCCAAAAAGCUCAUUCAAGAGAAUUUGCAAAGAAUUUUAAUAAAAGUUAUGGCAUAAGUAGUUCUCCGUCACCCGUAAACGUAUUCGAGCGAGGAUAUUUUCACGAGAUCAGUCCACCAGGAAGGAUUUCACAAGAAAACGACUUUGAGUGGACAUCCAGAUCUUUUCGAGAUGCUAAAAUAAACGACCUUGCUAAAACUACGCGUUCCGCAUCCAUGCAAGUUCUUAAAUCACCACAGUCCACACCAACCAACAGUAUUAAAAUUGAAACAACACAUUCGCAGUCAAGUGCAAGACCAAGACCGUUUGAUCCAAGCUUCCGUCCUAGAAGAUCUAAACGACCACCGCUGGAUCCAACUGUCAAGCUUCUCAUUAUUCUCUCAAUUUCAUUGUUUUUAUCGGUGACACCAAUCAUGAUGAUAUGGCUUUUGGAUGUAAUAACCACUGCAGAUGUUUCGAAAGGAUAUGGAUUUUCUGUAGCUCUUUCUCUAUCAUACAUAUACUCCGCUAGCUUACCUCUCAUACUUCUUAAAUAUAUGAGCGGAUUGAAGCAGGCAUGCAUCUCCUUCUUUAUAAAAUGUCCGUGCACAGGAACCACCGUAGUAACUCAAACAAAUGGUGUGGUUUCUCCUCGACCAGAACAAAGUGUUGCGGGCACCACACAUCCAAACGUUGGAAGACACGAUGAAAACAACAUUUUUUCUCUCGGCGCACACGAGAAUAUAAAUGAGACUGCUUCAUAAUAUACGCAAAAAUAACAAAGCUCUGUUAAGAUUAUCUUAUGAUUUAAAGAAUUGAUACUUCAUGAUUUCAACAGUGGUCUGAGAUAACUAGAGAUUUUAUAUUAUUAACUAUAAUGGCAUACAUAAUGCCAUUCUUAAAUUCGUACAAUCUUUAUCUAACUCAUGUGAAGUCACGAUUCUGGCGAAUAUUUGGUAGUUUGGACUUCUUUCUUGGAAUUAAUUAUAAUUUUGAGUAUUGGAUGUAUGUAUUUUCAAUUCUUUUAUAUAUAUAUAUCUUUAUUUUGAAAUUCUAGUCAUAACGAUUAUAUUGUCGUAGACCUGUUCACUGUAAAUGAUUUUCAGAUUUCUUAAUGAAAACAUUUCGUAGAAAAUGGUGACACAGCCAUACACUUGAUUUCACUCCAGGAAACUCAUAAAACUGUUCAAUUAUAGUUGCGCGGGCCAUGAAAUUCUCACAUAGUGUAUUUUGUUUGUGCUGAUGACUAUCACUAGUUUUUCACAUUUUACCCUAUCCGGAAAAUUCAAUUUUAACAACAAGGGUGUUUUUUCAUUCUAGUGGCUCAUAAUGUUUGUACGUGAAUUAAGUUCACAUACGGUGCACUGCAUACGCGUAGCGUCAGUCUACCAGCUCUGUCGAAAAUUGCAGUCCGGUAAGCAUUGAACAUAGAAGGAAGUAAGCGACAUGCCACAUCGCUGGAAUUGGGUUGGCCGAUUGAAAAGUAAUGAAUCCAUUGUGUCUAUAAGCGUUAAAUUAGGGUUGAAGCUUAUAAGGAAAUUGCACAAACGAAAACUAAUGUG